GAGUUCUGCAGCGUUGCGACCUGUCCGGGUCUGGGAGCUCUGAUCAAGCUGCAUCAGAGGGAGUAGAAGAGGUGCCGCAGAAAGAAUCCCCCAAGGUGCCCUUGAAGCGUCCAGCUGGUAGAGAACCCAAUCCCAAGAAAAAGGCUAAGAAAAAUGAGGAAGAAGAUGAUGAUGCUUCUUUUCUAGGUGUAUGCAAAGGAAAUCGGAAAGAUGAUGAGGAUGAGGACGAUGAACCUGCUGCAAGUGCAAAGAAAGAAAAAAAAGAGAAGAAAGAGAAGAAAAGCAAGACUGCGAAAUCUGAAAAGAAGACAAAGAAAUCUACCGGGGCCGGUGGUAGAAAAAGGAAAGGAACGAAGGCAAAAGAUGGCCUUGAACAAGAGGAUGAUCGCUCAGGGUCAUCCAGCGAGUCCGAAAGGGAAGGUGGUGUGUCUAUGAACGAGUUGUUAGAUGCCAUGCAAACGGCUCAGGAUGCAGAAGUCGCGGCAGUUUUGGAGAUGGACCAUCAGGAAUCGGCUACUUUGGAAACCUGUGACCACAAGAGCGACACAACGCUGGACCGACAUGCAUGGGGCUGCUGUUGUGAGCGGGAGACCUUGUUGCGAGGUCCGUCGAACAACAUGUCAUGGCAGUGGGUUUUGGCAUGGGUCCCGGAAACCAUACCUGAGCAUCUCCUGACACCUGUGCCCCACCCUCAACAGCCGGUGCAGCAGAUGCAGCAGAUACCUUCUGCAGGGAAGACUGUCAAAAAGAAGGAGUCUGUGAUGGGAAUGCCUGAGGUUGAGCAGGCAAAGCCUGGGCCUGAGCACUUGCCUGAGCAGCCUGAGCAGCGAAACCUUCCAGCGGCCUCACCUUCACCAACCAUGACCAUGGGAUCGGGACUAGUGAUUCCUGGACCUGUGACGCCUGGACAUGACAAUGGCACCAUGAACCAGAACGAGACCAGUGCACCAAAGGUCAUUCCACCAAGGGUCUUCGAGCCAGACCCGGAGCGCCAAUCUGAGGUGAAUGAUGAAGAGUCGGUUGAGGUGAUCGAGGAUGAUAAUCAACCAACCGCCACCACAUGCGGCUCUUACUCUGAGUCUCGGCGAGCCUUGCCCGAGAUGAGGCCAUCGAGCAAGGCCAGGCCAGCCCAGAAGCCUGCGCAGGCGUGUUGGGAGUCAGGGUCACAGAAGGUGGUUCAUUCAGAGGAAUGGACUUAUGACCAGUCAUGGACAGGCUGGGGCAAUGAUGAUGCGAUCGAGGAUGACACCGACAAGUCUUGGGGUGACUACUACAACCAGGGAAAGAGCUACUAUCGCCAAGACUAUCGCCAAGACUAUCGCCAAGACUAUCGCCCAGGUCAGAAACGCCACUACUACUGGGACAAGAACUAUAACUAUGAUGGCUGA